AUGGAUCGGCACGCGAAUGGAGCAAUGGCCGAGAAGCAAAACCCCGUGGACUACGGGGUCCAGAUCCGCUUCAUCGAUGACCUGACGGAGCCCAAGAAGCCCCACAAGAUUCGGUCCAAGGCGGCCAAGCCAAGCUCUUACGGGGUGGCAGUGCGGGUACAGGGCAUCGACGGGCAGCCCUUCGUGGUCCUCAACAGCGGGGAGCGUGGCAGCGACUCCUUCGGCGUGCAGAUCAAAAGUGAAAGUGCGUACAGCGGCCUCCCUGCCGCUCAGCCGUCGCCUGCCAGCUCCCCCAGUCGCUACCCCAAGGAGACUUCGGGUUCGCUCAGCUCCGACUCCGACCUGCCAGAGAACGCCUACGCGGCACGGCGCGCCCGGUACAGCACGUCCGACGAGGAGCAGAGCUCCCGGCCCCGUGGAAAGGGACCUCUGGCUGGCCCUGCCCGGUCCCGGUCCCCUCAGGGUGGCCGCCGGCCGCUGCUUCCCAAGAAGCCGUUUGGCGAUGAGCUGAGGCGGACGCAGUCUCACAGCUCUCUGCUGGGCCCCGAGUCGGGGGAGCCCUUCGUCCCGAGCCGUCCCAGUGUGCAGACCAACGGCACCGCUCAGCCACGGCUGCUGGGCAAGGCCAAGAGUGGCAGCAUGGUGAACAUCGCUGUCCAGAAGGGGCCCGAGGCGAGCAAGAAGGCCUCUUCUGCCUUUGGCCAGCAGCCCCUUGGCAAGCAGCCGCCUCCUGACCCAGAGUCCUCCAGGCCCAGCCCGCUGGCCGCCAUGGGCGACAUCGACACGAAGCCCCUGUCCUCGGUGGAUUCCCUCAUCAGCAAGUUUGACGGGAAGGUCCAGCAGCGAGGCCGCACUGCCCGCCGCAGCCGUAUCCCCCCGGACGAGAGGAAGCGGUCGCAGAGCUUGGAUGGGCGCACGUCCUACCAUGAUACAGCGGACUCCCGGGAGCUGACCACCGCCAAGCAUCAGCCCGGCUUUCAGGAGGGGCUGAAGCCGCCUGCUGUCACCUUGCAUGCUGGCAGCCUGCCCAGGACAAGGAGGGAAGACUUGAAGACUGGUGUGGCCAGCAGGUCCCAGCCCACACGGGACUGGGCAAAUAAUGGCCCUGAGGAACCUCUGGUGGAGCAGCAGCAAAGUCAAGUGCAGUCGGAGUUGCAGCUCAAGUCCACUCCGGACCUACUGAAGGACCAGCAGGAAGCGUCUCCGGCUGGGAGCAAUGAGCACGUGAAGGAACUGAUCUAUGCUAUCCUGAAGGACGGGAGCAAAGACAGUGAAGUCAUGCUAAAGAGGAAGGCAAACCUGCUGCUGGAGAAGGUCCAGGAACUUGCGGUGCCUCCUGAGGACACGGGAGCCCCCAGCCCCCAGCAGGCCGAGCUGGCGCGGAGGGUGGAGGAGCUGCAGCACAAGCUGGAUGAGGAGAUGAAGCUCCGCCAGAAGCUGGAGCUCACUAGGGAGUCUCCCAGGAGCAGCGCCAUGCAGGACCUGGAGCUGCGGCUGGCCAGGGUGGAGGAGGAGAGCCAGCGCCUCCAGGGAGCCCUGGAGAAGAAGAGCCAGGAGCUGCAGAGCAGCUUGAGAGAGCUGAACGAAGUGAAAAGGGCCAGAGAGCAGGCCGAGGCCAGGCUGGGUGACUGCGAGGAGCAGUUGAUGGGGAUGCAGGAGGAACUUGACCGCUUCCGGCAAGGCAUGGGAGAUGUGCCUGAGGGGGACGCGCUGCUGAAGGACCUGCUGGAGACCCGGGAAGAGCUGGAGGAGGUGCUGACUGCCAAGCAGCGGCAGGAGGAGCACCUGCGGCAGCGUGAGCGGGAGCUGACGGCACUCAAGGGCGUACUGAAGGAGGAGGUGGCCAGUCACGACAAGGAGCUGGACCAGCUGCGGCAGCAAUACCAGCAUGAUGUGGACCAGCUGCGGCGCAGCAUGGAGGACGUGUCCCAGGACCAAGCCAACCUGGAGACGGAGCGGCAGAAGAUCAACUCGAUAGUGAGGAACCUGCAGAGGGAGCUGGCAGAGAGCACCGAGGAGACUGGGCACUGGAGGGACAUGUUCCAGAAGAACAAGGAGGAGCUGCGCAGCACCAAGCAGGAGCUGAUGCAGGUGAAGCUGGAGCGGGAGGAGUUUGAAGAAGAGCUGCGGGAACUGCGGGAGCGAUUCUCAGCCGUGCGGCUGCAGGCCGAUCAGGCUCGGAGCAGCGCCACAAACACUGGCGAACUUGAAGCCCUCAAGAAGGAGCUGCGCCAGGCCCGGGAGGAGCAGAGGGAGCUGACAGCUGAGAAGCAGGCGCAGGAUGAGCUGCUGCGGCAGCGGGAGAGGGAGCUGCUGGCGCUGAAGGCGACGCUGCAGGAGACAGCAGGCAGCCACAGCCGGGAGCUGGAGCAGCUGCAGGAGCAGUUCCAGAGGAGCCUGCAGCAGCUGCAGAAGGACUCGGACGAGGCUGUCAAGGGGAAGGUGGUGCUGGAGAGUGAGCGGGAGGUGGCAGAGCAGACGCGGAGGGCAGUGGAAGCCACACUGCGGGAGACACAGGAGCAUAAUGAUGACCUGCGCAGGAAGGUCCUGAGUCUGGAGGCGCAGCUCAAGGACUACCGGCAUGUGGCUGAGGACUGGGAGGGUGUCGAGGCCCGUCUCAAGGACAAAAUCGCCAAGCUGGAGGCGGAGCGCCGGCAGAUGGAGGAAACUCUAGGGGAAGCCACUGACCAGGAGCAGGAGCUGCUGCUGGUUAAGAGGACCCUGGAGAACCGGCUGGAUGAGGCCCAGCGGAGCCUGAGCCGACUAUCACUGGAGCACCAGGAGCUGAGCUCCUCCUACCAGGAGGAGCUGCGGCAGAAGGAGCAGCUGAAGAGGCUGAAGAUAGAGAUGGAGGAGCAGAAGCGGCUGCUGGACAGGACUAUCGAGAAGCUGACCAAGGAGAUGGAGCAGAUGGCUGAGGAAUCCCACCACUCUCUGGCCCUGCUGCAGUCGCAGCUGGAGGACUACAAGGAGAAGUCGCGCAAGGAGCUGGGGGACUCCCAGAAGCAGGCCAAGGACCGGGGUGCAGAACUGGAGAAGGCACAGUUCAGCCUGGCCCGGCUGCAGGAUGAGGUCACGCGGCUGAAGCAGGCCCUGCAGGACAGCCAGGCAGAGCGGGAGAGUGCCGUGCUAGACAGAGAAGUGCUUGCCCAGCGUCUGCAGCACCUGGAGCAGCAGGCGGAGGUCAAGAAGCGCUCUCAGGAUGAUCGUUCCCGCCAAGUCAAGGCACUGGAGGAGAAGUCAAAGCGCCUGGAGAUGGAGCUGGACGAGGAGCGGAGCUCAGUGGAGCUGCUGACAGAAAGGGUGAACCGCAGCCGCGACCAGAUCGACCAGCUGCGGGCAGAGCUGCUGCAGGAACGCUCCAGCCGCCAGGACCUCGAGUGUGACAAGAUCUCCCUGGAGAGGCAGAACAAGGACCUGAAGAGCCGUCUGGCCAGCUCAGAGGGGCUGCAGAAACCCAGCGCCAGCCUGACGCAGCUGGAGUCACGGGUCCAAGAGCUGCAGGACAAGCUGCAGGCUGAGGAGAGGGAGAAGAACGUGCUGGUGUCUUCCAACCGCAAGCUGGAGCGGAAGGUGAAGGAGCUGACUAUCCAGAUCGAUGACGAGAGGCAGCACGUGAAUGACCAGAAGGACCAGCUGAGUCUGCGUGUCAAAGCCCUCAAGCGGCAGGUGGACGAGGCAGAGGAGGAGAUCGAGCGCUUGGAGGGUGUCAGGAAGAAAGCACAGUGGGAGCUGGAGGAGCAGCACGAGCUCAACGAGCAGCUACAGAACCGCGUCAAGGCCCUGGAGAAGGAGGCCUGGCGCAAAGCAGCACGCUCAGCUGCAGAGGCCUCACUGAAGGAUGACCAGCUGAGCUCAGACGAGGAGUUCGACAGCGCUUAUGGCCCAUCCUCCAUCGCCUCGCUGCUGACUGAGGCAAACCUGCAGACCAGCUCAUGCUAGCGGCUGCCAUGCUGGGGGCCGAGCCAGGCUCCUCCCUUGGACAAAGGCCAGACCCAUCUUCUCUUGAAGGGAAAAUGCCUCCUUGGCAUGGAGUUGACCGGGACACCAGCCAUGUUGAAGGAGCUGUCGGCCAGUGGCGGCACCAGGCCUGGUUGUGAACUCUAGCAAUAAUCCCAUGAAGGAAGGGCAGGCUGGUGUUCUGGGUUAAUUCUUGUGGGGGUAGGGACAGAUGGAAAUGGGUGCAGGUACCCCAGCAAAUCCUAUUUGACGGUUCUUUGUUCUUAGGGCAUUGCUUUAAGGAUGGACGGCUCACAUCUUAACCAAAUAUUUUUGUACAUGGGGGGGUGGAGGGUAGAAUAUAUGUGUGGGCAUGGGUGUGCAACAGGAGAGGACAGUGGCCCCUGGGGCUCAGAGAGGGCUGUUUCUGGCUCUGCCCUUAAUGGAGAAGUGUGGCAGAGACCACGGGUGAUUGGUGCCUCCUGACUCAGGGGGGGCACUUGCCCCCACAGCAGCCAGUCAGCAACUGGUGUGGGUGGGAUCGCACUGACCACGGGGGGUUCUGGGUUGAUACGAUUGGCCGCAGGAGAACACUUCCUCUCUUCC